UCAUCAUACAGGCGAUUUUGAAUAUAAAUCAAAUCCUCCAGGUGCAGUUGGGACUAGUCUUGCUUUGGAGACAAUUUUGUCGCAUAGUACUAUGAUGGAUACGAAAAUUUAUAGGCAUGAUGUUGGUAUCGAGGUUCUUGUUUGCUCAAGAGGAGGAGGUGGUUUACUAGUAGAGCGCAUGGAACUAGUGGCUGAGCUAUGGCAGCAGAAUAUCAAGACUCAGUUCGUCCCCAUAUGUGAUCCAAGCCUCACAGAACAGUAUGAAUAUGCCAACGAGCAUGAUAUCAAAUGUCUUGUGAUCAUCACUGACAGUGGUGUAUCCCAAACAGAUUCAGUUAAGGUUCGGCAUCUUGAGCUGAAGAAGGAGAAGGAAGUUCCGAGAGAAGAACUUGUCAAGUUUCUCUCUGAGGCAAUGGCAACUCAAUUUAAAAACCCAUCCAUCUGGAACUAGAACAGAUUACUUGAACUCAUUGCUACCAGGUUUUUAAAGCCACUUCAUAUUGUUCGUAGUUCUUUCGUACAAAAAAGUUUGCAAGAUGUUUGCCAUUAUUUUAGAAACCUAAGUUCCUGCAGCAUAACAUUUCAAGCCAUGUGUUUGUUACUCCAUGUUGUUGCUGGGAAAGCUGUCUAUCAUAGGUUAAAAUAAGGGCAUGGAAAAGAGAGAAAAAGAAAAUAAAAAGAAAGAAGAAAUGGCCUUUCUGACAUGUUAGUUUACGUUUGAACAUCUAGUGAUUUCCCAAAUCCUAUUGGAGCUUUUGCUUGCUUUUUUACAAACUUUAAAGCGUUUCAGUUUCAAUAUCGUCACAUAACCUUUUUUUUUUGCACAAUAGAACUGAGAAUAGGAGCACACCUUCAUUAAUGCAUAUGAAUGAAAAAUUCAAUUGAACAGUCUUUCUGAAAGGAAUCGUAUUUAUUCUAUACUGUAAUAGUAUUGAUGGCUUACAGAGUUUAUCAAAAAGUAGAUGCCUUGAACAAUUCCACUGAGAGAUACUGCAUAGUUCAUGUACCAAUACAUUUGUAUAUAUCUUCUUUCUUAAUAUUCCUUUUUUUCCCCUGUUUAUACACAUCAAAAACCGCUUAAUAAACCAGUAGAAGAUAGAACUCUUAGAAAAUUUCAUUCAGACCCAAGAAUUCCAAUUGGACCGUUUAAUGCGGAAGGAUGGGAAUAAUUUACUGAUAUUUAAUAUGGACUGUUCCAUUCUCAUCUCAUUUGCUGUUUUAGAAGUCAAUGCAUUGUAUUUUUAAGUUUUAACUCUAAUUAGAGCUGCAUUUCAGUCAAAAUGGACAAGUCGAUAGAACAUCUUCUAGCAGAUUGGGAAUCUAUCAUUGUACGUCAGGUUAACUGGGUAUGUUUAUUUCCACCAGGAUGAGGUGAAAGAUUCACACAUGUAGUAGAUGGAGUUCCUACAUCAUGCUGAGAGGGGGGACAAGUGAUGGUGGAGAAUUCCUUUGAAAAUUCACAUUUAGUUCCAUUUAUGAAUCAAAUCUCAUUUUUGGAAUUGAGCUCUGAACUUGUGCGAAUUUUUUUCCUUUCAGAAUUAAAAGAGUUUCAGAUGCCAAAUA